UUUCCCAAGUGGCACUGCGGCAGUCGGUUGCACUUUCCUGGCCUAAGCGAUGGUUUGCCCCGGGUGGCGGCGAGAUGGCGCAGGUUCGCUGCCUCUCCGGAGGUCUUGACCAAGACUCGUAUCUUCAAUUCUCACCUGAUACCUGCGUAUGGUAUCGCGUUUUCCCACCAGUUCCCUAAAAACGCUAUACCCCUGACUCUUCCCAGAGACGCAUGUUUGAUUUGAUACUGUUUCCCGCCUCCCCUUUGUUGGAUCUGAUCUGACAUUGAAGCUGUGGGUGCCUCGGAUGUACCGGGCUGCAAGAGCAAAGACACAGAAAGCCUAAGGGCCAUUCCCCUGCCUCAGGCUAUGCAUAGCAGCUGGUCUGAGCGGCUCGAUGAGCUUCUCAGUGCUACUGACGGAAAUGUGGCCCGGAUUAAGCAGCGGCUCUAUCCCCUUGGAGUUUCCACCGCAGCCAGAGACUUGAUUGGGACCUGGAUUUCCCCUCACCACUUGCCUCCCCAGCCAGGAGCCCAAACUCCAGGACCUUGGGCUCUAGAGACUCUCACUGCCCCAGGGAGGCUGAGCUGGGCCAAGACCCACACUGCAUCUCCUCUCCAAGAUGAAGUGCUUAUUCUCCAAACCCAGCUUCAAUCCCAGACUCAGGCAGUGGAGACACUGAGGCAGACUGUGCAGGAUCUUCUAGAAGAUCAAGAGCAGCAAAAGCACCAGAUCUGCUCCUUGGAAGCAUCAGUAAGGUUGCUACAGAGGGGCCCAGAGAGGAGGACCCUUCUCCUGGAGCAAAGACUGGAGAGGAUGAGAAAGGAACUACAGAGCCUUCGAAGCCAGGUGCAAGAACAGUGCCAAGCUCAAAUACAAACACGUCCUAGAAAGUGCAGUACUCCUAGUGUUCUUCACCAAGAGUUUCAGAAUGAGCAGCAGCUGCUAUGGGAGGAGUCAGAGGUUCUGCGAGAGGAACUGAAGUUGCUUCAAGACCAGCUGAGCCAGCACCAAGAGCUGCUGCUGAAACAGAUGACUGAAGGUCGACAGACUCAGGCCUGCAACUGGAAGAUUUCCAGUGGAGCACCCUUUCUAACCUGGAGCCCAGUAUCUUACAGCUCAAGAUCCAGAACCUUGAGAAGGAGUACCUGUCCUUUAAGGAACCCAAGAUGCUCCUGAGUGACAAGUAAUACCUGUAAGAGUAAGAGUAGAAGAAUGAAAUCUUUGCUCACUUUUCCAUAUAAGUUCCCAUUUCUGGGUUCCCCAUAUAACUGGUAUCUAUUCUCCCCAAUUUCUGUUCACCAACUGCAAUAAAAUGACUUGGCUUUUCCUGA